AUGGAUAACCACUAUUUGAAAAAUAAUAUUAACUCAAUAUCUUCACCAGAGGACUCCCCGACGCCACGCACAAGCAUUUGGCAAAUGACAGUUUAUGAAAGGUUGAACGCGGCGUCAUUCCUCGAAAACACAACCGCGAAACCGUUCUACUAUUACCAGGCAAACUUCAAAUGCUUCUUCUGCAGUGAGAUCUUCACAGAAGUCACCUCCGUCCUUCAGCAUACAGACUCUCAUCCAAUGACCGACAGGUCAAGUUUACUACGCAACUAUCUACGAAAGGGAAAACGCGUUAUAAAAGUAGAUAUAUCCAAUUUAAAAUGCCGCAUUUGUGACGAGAAAUACUCAGAUAUUGACGAGAUUCGAAAACAUUUAGCUGGCGUUCAUAAUAGGGAAUUUAACAGCGCCGGUAAUGGCGUAAUCGCUUAUGACUUGCGGGUUAACAAUGGGCUUCUAUCCUGCCACAAAUGCAAUAAAACAUUCAACUCCUUCUUUCUACUGAACAGGCAUAUGAAUGUUCACUUCAGUGUAGUGUGCGAAACGUGCGGCCUAGGUUUCAUGUCGCACCACAGACUAAUAAGCCACAGAAUCGUUCACCAAAACGGCGUCCACAGAUGCGAUAAUUGUGAAGAAGUUUUCGCUACCAAAUUGAAGUUGAGAUAUCAUAUGUUCAAAAAGCACGAAAUGAACACGAAACGAAGGAAACCCCUCAAAUGUCCGCAUUGUUUGGAGAGGUUUGCAGAGCAUUAUCGGAAGAUGACGCACUUGAAAGAGGUGCACGGCAUAACAUUCACAUUCGACUGUCAGUCCUGCAAAGCGGUGUUUCCGACGCGGCGAGCGUUGACGGAACACACGACCAAGCAACACACACAAAAGAUACAAUGCAAAGUGUGUGGGAAGUGCUUUGGGACGCAGUCGUUAUUGAAAAUGCAUUCAAGGGGGCAUACUGGCGAGAGGAAUUUCUCAUGUGGCAUCUGUCAGAAGUCAUACAUGCACGAACGGACGCUACGCCAGCAUAUGCGAGUCCAUGGCCCGGUUUGGAAGUUCACGUGUAGCGAGUGUGGGCACGGAUUUCAUAAUAGAAACGAUUUUAAUAAACACAUGAAGCAGUGGCACCCGCAGACUGUUAAAAACUUUGUGCCGGAAUUCGAAGGACCAAAACCUAGUACAAGCGACGCUGACACACAAUUAAUAGAAAGAUUAAACGCGGCAACAAUCAUAGAGAACACCACAGUCAAACCAUUUAUAUACCUCCAAGCAAAUUUCAAAUGCUUCUACUGCAGUGAAGUUUUCCCAGAAGUGUCAUCAGUGUUGCAACAUUCAAACUACCACACGCUUCCGGACCGGCCAUCUUUGUUAAAAAACGACUAUCUCAAACAAGGAAAACGCGUUAUUAGAGUUGAUAUAUCGGAUUUAAAAUGCCGUUUAUGCGACCAUAAGCUCAACGAAUUGGAAGAUGUAAGACAGCAUUUGGAAACCGAACACCACAAAGAGUUUAAAGCAGCUGGCGACGGGCUAAUGGCGUACGAUUUGACGGCGAAUAACGGGUUAAUCGCCUGCUACAAAUGCAAGGAAACUUUCACGUCUUUCCACCUUUUAAACAGACACAUGAACGCGCAUUCCAGCUUUGUCUGCGAAACGUGUGGCGUCGGAUUUGUAUCGCAACGCAGAUUAAUCAACCACACAAUUGUACAUCAAAACGGCACCCACAAAUGCAAGCAAUGCGACGAAGUGUUCCCAACCAAACUGAAACUUCGGUAUCACGUGAUAACCAAGCAUAAUAAGACAGAUAAACGGAUCAGACGAAAGUGCCCACACUGUUUGGAACGCUUCACAGAACACUACAGGAAAAUGACGCAUUUGAGGGAAGCGCACGGGAUAACGUUUUCCUUCGACUGCCGGUUUUGUAGCGAAGUUUUCCCCACGCGGAAAGCGUUGACGAAGCACACGACACAGCACCAUACGCAGAAAAUCCAGUGCACGAUUUGCGGCAAAUGUUUCGGCACCAACACGCUGCUGAAACGGCAUAUGCGCGGACAUAUUGGCGAGAGGAAUUUCGUGUGUGACAUCUGUCAGAAGGCGUAUAUGCACGAAAAGUCGCUUCGGCAGCAUAUGCACGUACAUGGGCCGUUAUUUUAG